CCCAGGCGUACUUGGUCACCCUCCUUGCACCUUCGGACACCCCCAGACACCCCAGUCCAUGUCCCGACGCCCUCUUUCCUGCUCCAGAAAGUUGAGAGAUUCCAAUGACAUUGGGAGCGUCGGCGCGCUCAUCAAGCCCGUCGCCGCCCACGCUGCCACAGGUACCCACCCUGGCCACUCCACGCUGUUACACCCCGUCCACACCCAGGCGCCUCUUCUUCAUUCUCGGCCUCUUUCCCUUCUCUCCUCCAGACAACCCACCCGGAUCUGUCCACCAUUUGCGCUUGCACUUAAAAGUUGACGGUCGCCUCGCCCACCCCAAGAGUCAGUCUGGACUUGACUUCGGACCUUUUUUUUUUCCGCUACUGGGAGCGACGACCACUGCCACCAGCCAGAUCCUUGGCUCUCUAUUUACUCGCUCUCUACUUACUCUGUUCAAUGCUCUCAUUGCCUCUUCUAGUCGACUACUGCAUUCGGUCAUUAUCUUGCUCAACCCGUGCAUGUGCGUGUUGUGUGUGUCUGCUUUGUGUGUGUGUGUGCUGCUGCUGGCUGCGUACUGUUGAGUUGGUACUAACGUUACCAUCUGCUCCAUUUCGGUGCGUCAAUCCAGUAGAGCUAAUUCCUUCUCCCCUUUCACCAUCCUCGGCCGCUCACCUCACUUUUGGCCCCCAUAACCUCAUCUUCCCCUUUCCUAUUCUCGUGGCUUGCCCGACAUUGACCGUCAAAGCUGGCUCAAGUGAGACUGUUUAUUCUUGUAAUUCCCAGUGGCAUAAGGGAUAGCAGCCGUCUCGUCAAACACCCCUUCAUCGCCUGAGGCCACUCCCCCCCCC